GUCGUUUCGUGCCCACUUUUUAACCUGUAUCGACCCUUGCUCAGCUAGUCCUCAGUGUGACGCGCUGCUGCAUUCCAGGCUGGCUACCCGUCAGCCAUAUAAACUCGGUCGAAGGUCCAAAGCUCCAGACGCAGGUAGUCUCCCCAAUCCCUCAUCUCAUCAUCUAAAUCUCCAACUCUGCCACACCAUGGACUUCGUCAAGAACCUCGCCGGCAACGGCAACAACACUGACAACAAUACCGCCACCAACGAGGGCCGGACGGAGCAGCAGACCCAGGGGUCGAGCAGCGGCGGCGGUGGCUUCAUGGACAAGCUCCAUGGCAUGGCUGGCGGCGGUCCCGAGAGCGAAAAGAACGAGGAUGCUCUCGACAAGGGUGUCGAUUUCGUGCAGGAAAAGUUUCUGGGUCAGGGUGACCAGAGCAACGAGAACGCCGUCGAGCAGGCCAAGGACGAGCAGAUCUCGGACUUCAUCCGCGGCCAGUACAAGAACGCCACUGGAUCAGAUGUUCCUAUUGCUGACAAGGAGCGCUUUUGAGCAAGUGGUCAUGUACAUUCCAUAUAUACACGCCUUCAAGCCCGGCGAACAUGUAUCAAUACGACACCUAUAAUUUGGCCUCGUGCUGUCUCACU